GCGGGAGAGGGGAGCGAGCGCCGGCACCGCGCCGGCCGCCGCCGCCGGACCCGCCGCUGGGAGCCGCCCCCGCCGCUGCCCCGGCCGCGGGCCGCUCCGCUGGGCCGCGUCCUCGCACCGGCACCGCGCGGCCACGGGCCCCGGGGCGGGGGCCUCGGGCGACCCUCGCCGCGGCUGCCCCCGCGAUGAGCCCCCGGCUGUGACCCCGCGGGGGCGGGCCGGGUCCAUGCUCCGCGCCGCCGCCCCGCCCGGCGCCUGCCGCUGACGGCGGCGGGUGGGGGGCCCGGCACCCACCUCCUGCCGUCCCCGGGGGGCUGCCGCCCCGGGCUGCGCCCUCCCCACCCGCCAGGCUCUGGAAGGACCCUGGAGCGGCCGCUGGCAUCAGCCCAUGGCCCGGAGGUACGAUGAGCUGCCCCACUACCCAGGCAUCGUGGACGGGACAGCAGCCCUGGCUGGCUUCUCUGAGGCAGUGCCCUCAGCACCCCGGGCCCCUGGGCCCUAUGGCCCCCACCGGCCUCCCCCGCCCCCGCCCCCAGGCUUGGACAGCGAUGGCCUGAAGAGGGAGAAGGAUGAGAUCUAUGGACACCCGCUCUUCCCACUGCUGGCCUUGGUCUUUGAGAAAUGUGAGCUGGCCACAUGCUCGCCCCGAGACGGGGCCAGCCCUGGGCUGGGCACACCCCCCAGCAACGACGUCUGCUCCUCUGACUCCUUCAAUGAGGACAUUGCUGCCUUUGCCAAACAGAUCCGCUCCGAGAGGCCUCUCUUCUCCUCCAACCCAGAGCUGGACAACCUGAUGAUCCAGGCCAUUCAGGUGCUCCGGUUCCACCUGCUGGAGCUGGAGAAGGUCCACGACCUGUGCGACAACUUCUGUCACCGCUACAUCACCUGCCUCAAGGGAAAGAUGCCCAUCGACCUGGUCAUCGAGGAUCGGGAUGGCGGCUGCAGGGAGGAUCUUGAGGACUAUCCAGCCUCCUGCCCCAGUCUUCCAGAGCAGAAUAACACAUGGAUCAGAGACCAUGACGACAGUGGGUCUGUACAGCUGGGGACUCCAGGUCCAUCCAGCGGGGGCCUGGCCUCCCAGAGUGGGGACAACUCCAGCGACCAAGGAGAUGGGCUGGACACAAGUGUGGCCUCUCCCAGCUCUGGGGGAGAGGAUGAGGAGCUGGACCAGGAGCGGCGGCGGAAUAAGAAGAGAGGGAUCUUCCCCAAGGUGGCGACCAACAUCAUGAGAGCCUGGUUGUUCCAGCACCUCUCGCACCCAUACCCCUCAGAGGAGCAGAAGAAACAGCUGGCACAGGACACGGGGCUCACCAUCCUGCAGGUCAACAACUGGUUCAUUAAUGCCCGGAGACGCAUCGUGCAACCCAUGAUCGAUCAAUCCAACCGCACAGGGCAAGGUGCAGCCUUCAGCCCAGAGGGCCAGCCUAUGGCGGGCUACACGGAGACUCAGCCACAUGUGACUGUCAGGCCACCGGGCUCAGUGGGAAUGAGUCUGAACUUGGAAGGAGAGUGGCAUUAUCUAUAGAGGCUGAAUCCAGGAGUACCCCAGCCUCCAGACGUGACCACCAGCCUGUGCCCAUUUGGUCCCUGCCAGGCCCUCUGGCUUCAGGACUCCAGCUCCAAAGGCCCCUCCACUAAAUGCCUACCUCCCUGGGGCCCCACCGGGACAUGGGGACCUGAGCAUCCACUUGAGGGUCUCUCAAGGACAAAGACAAGACCUCCAGGCCCUGUACCCACGUCUGCCUUCACCUCUCCCUGGGACCUGAGCUGAGAACCUGGGCGUGGUCUGCAGAAGAUGGUGGCCAGGGCCCCACCUCCAGGACAGAGAAGGGACUGGGAGUGGGCUGGGGCCAUCGGGGAAGGAGGGUCACCUGGAUCCGACGUUUUGGAGAGACUCCUUCAUCCUCCCACUCCAUCCCCCUUCUCCCUCCCCUACCUCCCUUCUCUGAUAUCUUCUACUUUUUUUUUUUAAA